AUGAGCCAAAUGUAUGAUGACCAGCACAAUUAUGCGGCUUCGCGACGUCGCUCCGUGGCCACGCCUCCUCCAUCCCACUCACCCCGUCACAGUCGAACCCGCAGUCACAGUGUGCGAGUGAGCAACGGAACAGUCAGCACCAAUACCAGUGUUUCCAGUGGACGCAUGUCGGAAGCUACCAAUAUCACGCAGCCACCAUCCUACUCUAAAAAGUUUGUUGUGGUGGGAGAUGGCGGUUGCGGCAAGACAUGCUUAUUGAUUAGUUAUUCGCAGGGAUAUUUCCCCGAGAAAUAUGUCCCCACAGUGUUCGAGAAUUACAUUACGCAGACCGUUCACCGGGCGUCCGGGAAGACGGUCGAAUUAGCUCUUUGGGAUACAGCCGGACAGGAAGAAUAUGAUCGUUUGCGUCCUCUGUCCUACCCAGAGACGGACCUUUUGUUUGUCUGUUUUGCAAUUGACUGUCCUGCAUCAUUGGAGAAUGUUGUCGAUAAGUGGUACCCCGAGGUCCUGCACUUUUGCCCCACAACCCCCAUCAUUCUGGUUGGCCUGAAGUCAGAUCUCCGCAAUAAGCGCACAUGCAUUGAACUCCUUAAGACACAAGGCCUGACACCCAUCACCCCGGAACAAGGCCAAGCUGUGGCCCACCGGAUGGGAGCCAGCUACGUGGAAUGCAGCAGUAAGGAGAUGCGGGGUGUGGACGACGUCUUCGCCCACGCAGUCGACACUGUUGUGACCACUGAAGAACAAUGGAAGCCGACCAAGCAAUCAUCAUCAUCAAAUAAUCGCAACAGUGUCAAGCCGUCUGGCGGGGGCCCGGGCAAGAAGGUCAAAAAGCGGAGUUGCAAGAUUCUGUAA